GGCACACAUCUCUUCUCUUCUACUCCAAAGUUUUUCCACAUCCUGUCCGUAGCCUCCCGUUGCUGCUUACGUUCAGAUGUAACUUUUCACAGCUCACCGUGUGAUUCGUUAGGUUAGCUUUCACCAUGUUUUCCCCCUUAAAACAGAGAGCCCUCGGCGGCCUGUGUGUGCUCAGCGCGCUGCUGCUGUGUGUUUCCGCGGAGAAAGUGGUCGAGAGCCGCACCGGGAUGAUCCAAGAGCUGCGAGCAACAGUGGCUGACCUAGCCGGGGAGGGAAGGUCUUAUUUAGGCAGGCUGGCAGGGGAGCAGACGGUGCUGUCGGUACAGAAGGCUUUCUCUCAGGUUCUGCGUCUUGUGGCAGGAGGUUUGGCUGGGGGUCUGAACGUGCUCCUGCAGUAUGUUUCACACUUCCUGCAGGCAGCUGGAAUUCAAGCUGGCUUUCCCAUCAACAAAGUGACUCCAGAGGGUCUAAUCUUCGUUGCCCAGUGGGUUCUUGUGGCUGUCAUUGGCUACUGGCUGCUCUCCUUUGCCUUCAGAUUGGUUGCCUCCACUCUGAGGCGGACUCUUUGGCUGCUGAAAGUGAGCAUGGCUUUGAUGUGUUUUGGACUCAUCCUUAGCGAUCGCAGUGUGGACACAGAAACCACAGCCAUCCGAAUGGCUGUCCUGGUGUGUGUCUGUGUGCUGGUGGGUGUCGGCACUUCAAGUGGCUCUUCUGCGGCUGAUAAAACUGCUCACCUGGAGGAGCAGGUAAAGAUACUGGAGAGGCGGCUGAGACAGAUGGAGAGGUGGAGGAGGACAGAGGAGUGAAGAAGGGAUUGAAAAGAGUCAGGUGUUCUUCUUUGUGUCUCCUAUCUCACGCCACAUGCAGAUGAUGGAGCACUGCUGUCUUCUGGGAUGGAACUUUAAAGGAGACAUUUUUCUGCUGUUUGAUGUUUUCUAUAUAUGGUGUUCAAAAAGUAGAUUUGUUAAUCACACAACAUAAUGACUUAGUCAUGUCUGGGAGCAGGAAUUUGUUGUCCUACACAAGGGGAAUUGUGUUCGAGCAGGAGAUAUGAAAGUUUUGGGUCCAAUGCUGUCCGUCCUUUUACUACAUUAAAGGAACAUUUAGGUAAAUA